AUGUCAAAAGAAACCCGCCACAUCAUCAAUUGCAAAGUCAUCGAUGCACUGGGUCCCAAUGGUUUUCUCAUCAACAUAGAGAGGGGCCCACACAUUGAUGAUGAACCUGAACUAGUAUCUGCCCUUGUUGAAAGGCAGAUAGCAGGUGCAGGUCUUGAUGUGUUUGAGAAUGAACCCCAUGUCCCUGAAAAACUUUUUGAUCUUGAUAAUGUAGUCCUUGUGCCACAUAUUGGGAGUGACACUGUUGAGACUGUAAAAGCCAUGGCUGAUCUUGUGGUAGGGAACCUAGAGGCUCAUUUUUCCAAGAAGCCAUUGUUGAGAUUGUAA